GGCCCAUUUAAAAAAGCUACCUGUUAAUGGUUUCGUACUUCUUCUUCUUCCAGGGAAGCAUGCGAAAGGAAGAUGACGACGAUUCGAAGAUUCAGCUGCAACGACCUUCUCCGCUUCACCUCCGUGAAUCUCGACCACCUCACUGAAACAUUCAAUAUGUCAUUCUACAUGACCUACUUGGCGAGAUGGCCCGACUAUUUUCAUGUUGCUGAAGCUCCUGGCAAUCGUGUCAUGGGCUAUAUAAUGGGUAAAGUUGAAGGGCAGGGUGAAUCCUGGCAUGGUCAGCAACUCGCAAAGAAACUGAUGAACCUUCUUGAAGAUGUCAGUGAUAAGAUUGAUAAGGCCUACUUUGUGGAUCUUUUCGUGAGAGCUUCUAACACACCAGCCAUCAAGAUGUAUGAGAAGCUUGGGUACAUAAUCUAUAGACGGGUUCUACGCUAUUAUUCAGGGGAGGAAGAUGGGUUAGAUAUGAGGAAGGCAUUAUCAAGAGAUGUAGAGAAAAAGUCUGUGAUUCCUCUCAAGAGACCCAUUACUCCUGAUGAACUAGAGUAUGAUUAAGUCUAUCAGUGUCCAAAAAGACUAUGUCCCUUUGUUCUCGUCAUGUUUUUGUAUUUACAUUAA